AUGGCCGAAAUCACCGAGAACAACACCGAGUUGAACGACAGAAUCCAGGCUCUGCCGCUCGAGCUCCAAGAUAUCAUUCUAUGGUUCACCGAUGCUUUUCAGAUUCCUGAUACUCCAGUCUCAAUCACCGAGUUUUCUCCAGUUUUCACCGACCGGUACCAGAACAUCCCUACCUACGCGCCUCCAAUCGCCUUUCAGCUGAAUCGAAAACUCCGCGCUCAGUUCGCCACAAAGUACUACAGCACGGUCACGUUCGAAUUAGUAACGAAAGAUCACGCAGACCUCUUAACGCCGCGCCCUUUCCGGAAACCGGCAAUGCACUACCUCUCACGUUGGCUGAAAAGCCUUAGCAAGUCACACCUGGAUUUGAUCAAGUCGCUUCAGUUCACAGAAUGGGAUGGUGUCAGGGGUUACUAUCAAAAUUACCAGGAGAAAUGCAUUGUGGAUGCAAAGUGCUUCAAAGCGCUUCUGACCAGAUUGGGGAUGGAAAAUAUCGAACGAGUGAAGCUGGUGUUGGCUUGUAAGGUCAGUAGAGACAGAGAAAUCAUGGAGUUGGAAAGAUUCAGUGUGCAGGACGAACAACUGUUCGAGUAA